AUUUCCUCCUUGGCCAGCCAUACUGCCCCACCAGGCCACCACACCACCGAAGCCCUCCGUUUCGUACGGCCUCCCCAAAAAUCUCUACCGGUCUCUCUCUCCUAACGAAGAGGAGGAGAGAGGGGGGGCAGAAGAAAACCUCGCGCGGGGGAGGCGCGAGAGGGAUCGCGGGGGCCGGUGGAGGUGGCGCGCGCCGGCGCCGUCCGAGAUGGAGUACAUAUCCCCUGAGAGAAAUCUGGAGGGGACUUGUGGAGAUCCUGGGCCAUUAUUUGGAGACCAAGGUGGCAGCCUGUUGGACCACUUGGGUUAUCAAGGAGGAGGAAUUCCACAACAUGAGUCUCCAACACUGGAUCAUGGACUUUUGGUUGAUCCAGCUGAUGCAAUUCCGUAUUUAUCUACAGAUUCUCCGCCCUUCAUGAAUGAUCAAAUCACUUGUAAUGUAAUGAAAUCUGCUUCAGCUAGUCCAGAAUCUUCGAUGAAACAACCUCAAGAACCUCUUAAUAUAGAAUCUGAUGUACAGAAUGAUGCAGCUGAACAAAAUGUUCACAAUUGUAACUCUGAAGAACAGAUCACUUCUCUGGGCUGUGAUGAACAUCAGAACACAGAAGUGAUUGGUGCAGUGUUGCCUCCAAAGCUUCUUGAAAGCAGUGGUAAUGAUAUAUCAAACUUUCAACCAGAAACUACAUAUUCUGAUGCCUACCAUGGUGACUCUUUGUUAACUGAAAAUAGUAGUAAGGGUUACCAGCUUAACAAUAGUGGGGCUCCUGCUGAUGAUAUUCCAAACUCUCCUGCGCUUCAGAUGGAAAAUGAGGAGAUGGAAAAGUUACAUGAGACUUCUCACAAUGAAAACAGUGGGUCAGAGGAUGAUCAAAUGAAUGGUAGGAAACCUUUCCCCAUUAAUGGUCGAGACAAUGAGAAGUUUAACACUUCAGCUGUACCUCCUUCUUGGGAACAGACAGAGCAGAAAAAUCCUGGUACUAGAAAUGGAAGUUCAACUCCAGACAAUCAAUUUGAUUCUCCACCGGACAGGUUUGCAAGACUGGAAAGGGACACACCAUCUCCAGAUGGGAGAGUAUCCCCUGAAAGGUUUGCAAGACUGGAAAGGGAUACCCCAUCUCCAGACGGGAGGAUAUCUCCUCCAGUUGAAGGUUCACAUGCCCAUCAAUCUGAGAAGAUGGAGUCACAAUAUCGUGCCAAAGAUGUUGGUGAGUUAGCUCAUUCUGAAAGCCCAUCGAUAAGACAUCGGUCCCGAUCUUCUGAAAAACAUGACCCCAGCCGCAAAAGAGCCUCGUCAAGGGAGUUAUCUCCACACGCGCGACAUAGUUCUCCUGUAGAAAGGAAAAGACGGAGAGAGUCUCGACAUGGUGAUGUGUCGCCUCGACAAAGAUCUGCAUCUCCUCGAAGAAGAUCUACACCCCCUCGAAGAAGAUCUAUAUCCCCUCGAAGGUCCUCACACAAGAGGAGGGAAUCACCAAGAAGGGGAGACUCACCUAGGAGGAGGCACUCACCUAGGAGGAGGGAGUCACCAAGGAAGAGAGAUUCACCAAGGAGGAGAGACUCACCAAGGAGGAGAGACUCACCAAGGAGGAGAGACUCACCAAAAAGGAGGGAUUCCCCAAGGAGGAGGGAUAGGUCAAAAUCAAGGUCACCUUCAAGAAAACAUGAUACCUCUAGACAUAGAAAAGAACAUGAUAGAUCUCGGUCCAGGUCUCCCCACUCGAGGGAUCAUCACAGGCGAUCUCCAAGAAGGCAUUCGCCAAGGCGCAGAUCACCCCCAACUAGUCAUCGCCAUCGUUCACCAAGAAGACAUUGGUCACCACCUGCCAACAGGAAGACUGGAUUGGGUAAGCCUGGAAAGAAUCUCUUUAUUGCAGGAUUUAGCUAUGCCACCACUGAGCGAGAUUUGGAGAAGAAAUUUGGCAAGUUUGGACGUGUAACAAGUGCACGUGUUGUUCGUGAUAAACGAACUGGAGAUUCCCGUGGCUUUGGAUUCUUAUCCUUGGAGAAGGAUGAGGAUGCUGAUGCAGCAAUCCGUGCUUGUGACGAGACUGAGUGGAAUGGGAGGAUCAUUCUUGUGGAGAAGUCAAAGGCACCUGCAUGGUGAAUCUUCUGCCUUGUGGGCCUCCGCACACCAUUGUUGGAGGGGGAUCUCAUUGCUUAACCUUGCACAGAUUUUAUCAUUCAGGAAAAAGUUACUAUCGGUAUGACAUACUCGGUACAUGUCAAAGUUCAUCCGAACCUGGCUUUUGAUGCUGUACUAGGAGUAAGAGUAAUAAAUAAUGCACUUCCUUGCUGACAGUUAUUGCAAGAAUAAGAUGUAACGUCACACCUUAGCUUGUUUCAGGGCCCUGCUGCUGAUAAGAGGGACUUAGUGGUACCUUUUAGUGUCUGCAACCUCUACACAUGAAAUGUGAUACGUGCCUGUUCGUGAGCUGUCAGUUCUCUUCUUCACCUUCGUCUCGCGCUCACUGAUGCCAUGAACCGAUUCCGGGAGACUCAACAAGCUUUGUGAUGCUGAGGGUUAUGUUAGUAGUUCAAUAAUCUACAUAUUAGUAGCUUUUCAAUGUUUGCAUCCUCUGAAUGAGGAUUUGGAACAUGUCCUAUAGUUUGUGUUUCGGAUUCCAGAUGAUGCUUAAUUAUGGUUGCCACACGACACCUAUGCCCCCAUCUGUUGGUGAUGUAUUUUUUUUUCCCGCUGACAUGGUUUUCCAUCCUGUAUUCUUGAAUCUAGAGCUGUCUGUCUAUUGGCACAAUAUUAGUGGCAUGGAAAUUGAGCUUGGAUGCA